AGCAGGGGGCGUUGAGCUAAAGUGGCUCUAAGAUGCUGAGGCUGACACACAGGGCGUGUCUAUAAACGGACGCUGAGGAUGCUUGAGCAAUCAUGAUCAACAAUCUUGACUUUAUUUAAAAUAUAACGGCUUCAAAUUGUUUUAUUUUAUGAAUAAGUACCGCUUCAGUUGGCUUUGACAGGAAUCUAUCCGAGGGGGGUAAAAGGACAGUGGAAAUAGUCGUCUUUGUCUAACAAAACCCAGCCGAUUGCCGGUGUAGAGCGAUACAAACCGGCUAAUGUCUAAUUUUCUUAAAACAUCAGGUCAUUCUGACAGCUUCAUAUAGUUAUUUGGUGGUUUUUAAACAACCUCGUGGAUCCUUUCUUACAGUGGAUUCUUAAAGCGUAUCUUAAAGGCUUUUGCCAGUGCACUGACGUCAUUUGUGUUUGUAUUAUUAUUUUUUUCUGACAUCAGCUCGAUAAAGUGGUUUGCUGUAAACGGUAUCUGUUAAUGAAAUAAACCCACGCAUUAGACAUAAAUGAUUUGCCUUUUGUCACAGCUGAAAGACAAAAAAAAAAACAGAACUGUUUUUAUAACAGACAAAUAGCUGGUGGAUGUUUUUGUCUGUUGUCGUGUAUCUCCGCGAAAUUUGCCGUUAUUUCUCCAUGUUUAGCACCGACAGACUCACGGUUCCUCAAUAUGUCAGUAAUCGGCUACACACCCGGAGGACGGGCUCUGACCCCAGGGCUGUGUCUCCGGGGAUCAGCGCCGACGUUCGGGCCGUGUUGGACGGCUCUCUCCCCGCGCUGCGCUCCGCGAUCAAAACACUAAAGUCUUCGAAAGACACCGGGGAUGUGGAGGAGACCCGCCGGGCCAUCGCUGAGACUUUCCAGCUGGUUGAGGAGGCCUGGAUCCUGCCCGCAGUGGGCCGACGGGUAGCAGAGGAAAUCUGCAACAGGGUCCGGCUGGAUGGGGGUCUAGAACUGCUCUUGCAGCUGCUGCAGACACCUGCUGUAGAAAUCACAUAUGAGUCUGCCAAGCUCCUUGAGCAAAUACUGGUCUCAGAAAACAGGGAUUAUGUGGCACGUAUGGGGCUUGGGGUCAUCCUGAACCUGACCCGUGAACAGGAUGAUGCUCAGCUCGCACGGAGUGUGUCGGGCAUCCUUGAGCACAUGUUUAAACACACAGAGGAGACAUCUGCGCAGCUCAUCACUAACGGAGCACUGGACACCCUCCUGUAUUGGUGCCGUGGAACAGACCCAACUGUACUGCGGCACUGCGCUGUGGCCCUGGCAAACUGUGCUAUGUACGGUGGGCACCGCUGCCAGCGUCUGAUGAUCGAAAAACAGGCAGCUGAAUGGCUGUUCCCACUGGCAUUUUCCAAAGAGGACGAGCUGAUCCGGUUCCAUGCCUGUCUGGCUGUGGCUGUGCUGGCAGCUAAUAGGGAGAUAGAGAAAGAAGUGGUGAAGUCUGGUACUCUGGAGUUGGUGGAACCAUUUAUCGCCUCGUUGGACCCUGAAGAGUUUGCACGAAACAUGUUGGACAGUGCAGACAGCAUGCAGGGCCGCACCGCAUCAGACCUGCAGCACUUACUGCCCCUGCUGGACGGCACAUGUCUGGAGGGGAAAUGCAUUGCUGCAUUCUACCUGUGUGUGGAGACUAGUAUCAAGUCUCGUCAACGUAAUACCAAGAUAUUUCAGGAGAUUGGAGCUGUCCAGAGUCUAAAGAGGAUCGUCAUGUACUGCAGUAAUGCCACUGUGUGCUCGCUGGCUAAGCGGGCCUUAACGAUGAUGAGCGAAGACGUCCCGAGGCGUAUCCUUUCAUCUGUACCCAACUGGAAGAGCGGAGAGGUGCAGACCUGGCUGCAGCAGAUUGGCUUCAGUGCAUUCAGUGAACGGUUUCAGGCACUGCAGGUGGAUGGAGAUCUACUGCUUAAUAUCACAGAACAGGAUCUGAUCCAGGAUCUGGGCAUGACUUCUGGGCUCACUCGCAAGAGGUUUCUUCGAGAUCUGCGUGUACUGAAAACCUACACCGACUACUCCACAUGUGACCCCAAUAACCUGGCAGACUGGCUUGCUGAUAUAGACCCACGAUUCCGUCAGUACACCUACAGCUUGGCUCAGUCGGGAGUCGAUCGGAACAAUAUCAUCCACAUUACAGACCAACAAUUGCUGUCUGACUGCCAUAUAGAGAAUGGAAUCCAUCGUGCGAAGAUCCUUUCUUCUGCCCGCCGCCCUGUUAAACCCUGCUUAACUGAUUCCCAACCCACGGGCCCUGAUGUGUUCAUCAGCUACCGUCGCACAACGGGUUCACAGCUUGCCAGCUUACUGAAAGUGCAUCUACAGUUACGUGGUUUCAGCGUCUUCAUCGACGUAGAGAAACUUGAAGCUGGCCGGUUUGAGGAGAAGCUGAUCACGAGUGUCCAGCGAGCGCGCAACUUCAUUUUGGUGCUGUCAGCCAAUUCGCUGGACAAAUGCAUGGGCGACGUGGCUAUGAAAGACUGGGUUCAUAAGGAGAUCGUCACUGCUCUGAAAGGGAAGAAGAACAUUGUUCCUGUUACUGAUAACUUUGUGUGGCCCGAACCAGCCUCUCUGCCAGAGGAUAUGAACACCAUUCUCAAGUUUAAUGGCAUUAAGUGGUCCCAUGAGUAUCAAGAAGCAACUAUUGAAAAGAUUCUGCGCUUCCUUGAGGGAUGCCCAAGCCAAGAGCAACCAGACGGAGCAAAAAUUGAGAAAGAAGAGCCACAGAAGAAAUAAAACAUACAUUUGACCAAAAAAGUCUUUUAUUAUGCCUAAUAACUAGGUGUUUCUAUUAAUGACUGCCACUUAACCAGAACACACCUGCUUACUCCUCAGAGGCCAGUGUUUCCUUCAGCUGUAUGCAUGUCUAGAUAGAUAACUGCGGAAAAUUCAACUUUAACAGAGAAAAAACAUAAGUGUAACCUACCCAGAGACACACUGGAACUUUAAAUGUGUGGUCACAAUGGCAAAUAUCAGUGGACUCAGUGGGCACUGCUCACAUAGAAGUCAUUUUCAAACCAUGCAACUUUCUGUUGGUUAGGGUGGCAGUCCACAUGACCAAAUUGAACCUGUUGUGAAAUCUACAUGGGGAAUUAGUUCCACCCUCAAGCUAAAUUAGUGAUUCCUGUUGACAUCCUCCUGUGAAAAUUUCCUGAACAACAGUAAAUGUUACUUCACCACAAGAGCUAUUUACAGCUUUAUGUCUGUCUACAACAUUUGUGGCAAAUAACAUUGAAUAUUCCUCAAUUAUGCUAUAGUAAUUAAACUUGCUAUAUACUGACUGCUCCCAGAAUUGAGUGGGACAUUUCUGUAACUCAGGAAGUUGAAUUGAUUUAUGCAUUAUCAAUCAUAUUUAUGACAUAGUCAAUCUCUGUUUAUUCAACAUAAUAAUAGAUAAUCUUGCUUUGUAGCAUAAUCAGUUAGAUUAUUGAAAAGAAAAAGCCUUAAGAAACUAUAAACAUCAAUUUGUAUUUUUUCUGAACUGGAUUAGCAUUAGGUUACAAAGGUGUCAGAAUACUUUAGUUCCUCAAAAAUAGUUUCUAGUUAGAUUUCUAGACCUUUGUGUCUAAGGUUUUUUGCAGUUUGUUAUGCAAGUUAUAUUUUAGUUGUAAGUUAUUAUAUUAAAUUAUGGUUAGUCAUCACAUUAAGCAGUAUUUGGAAGAAGUUGCAGGAUUUGAAUUUCAAGCUUUCGUGUUCAGUCACUGAAGAUGCAACUGAUCAAGGAAAACUCUAAUGACCAUUUACUAACACCUCAAGCUUUAUCCUGCUAUUGAGCUCCUUACUGUUGCCUUAUGAUGUCUGAGUAUAUUUCAAGUGUGAUACAAUAUGUAAAAUCUGUAAAAUGAAAUAACGAAAUGUUCUCUAUCAGGCAUAAACACGGCAAUAAAGCUUGUUUUGGAAAACA